CUUAUUUAAUAUCUCCCUUUUAACAAAUUAAAGUUCGAUCUGUUUCAAAUUAAGUUGAGGGAAAAGUAAUAAUAAAACAUGGCAAAGAUCUCUAUUGUGCUUCUCGUUGUCGCUCUUAUUGUCUUUCUACAUGUCUCUGAGGCUCAACGUUCAACAGAUAAAGACGAACAAAAAGAUAAAGAAGAAAAAGUAACUGAAAACGACAAAGACAAAGAAAGAAAUAAAGACGAAAACGUACUUGAAAAUGACAAAGACAAAGUCAAAGACAAAGACAAGGAAAGAGAUAAAGACGAAAAAGUUCUUGAAAACGACAAAGACCAAGACAAAGACAAAGAAAGAGAUAAAGAGGAGAAAGUAAUUGAAAAGGACCUGGAUGAAGCCAAGGACUUGAUCGCAGAAGACUUGAAAGAAAAGAAAGCCAACCUUAAGAGCUUGGAAACCCAGGUGAAUGAGUUAACCAAAUCUGAGACGGUGUUGGAUGAGCUCGGAGAAGCUCACAAAAAGGGUAAGAGUCUAAAACCUUAUGAGAAAAAGCUUAAGAAAUUCAACAGAAGGAUUAAGCGGACACCAAAGAAAAAGAGAUAUGGAUCCAUAAUCCAGAGCAUUUUGAAGGAUUUGGGAUUAAACAGAGGGAGAUAUUGAAACAUGAACUAGGGUUUCAUGAACGUUAUAAGGAGGUUUCAUAUUGGCCCCAUGAAGUUUGGCUUUACAAAUGAGAGGAACUAAUAAUUUGCCCAUUGUAUAUAUUUAUUUAAUUGCACAUAAAUUUAAUAUUAAAUCAACUGUAAUACUAUUAAAUGAAAGUAUUGCUAGUAAUAUUGUAAUAUAUUUUUGCGCUAAUGUUUUGUUAAUUUGUUA